CACAUGACUUCAGUUUCUAAAGUCUGACCAAAGUCUUGACACGCUAAACAUCUUCUACUUCUUCAUAACUUAGCUCUAGAUGCUGCCUGUGACUGUGGAGGAGAGCAAGGCUCAGCGUCUUCAGAGACAGCAGGCACGAUUUAGGGAUCGUGGAGGUGCAUUUGUUCCCUCGGAAAAGAAUGCCCUUAAAGAUAUUCUGUUGGCCCGCACCGUCUCUGGAGAGUCCCCUUCAAAAGUGGCCACGAGGUCACCCUAUCGCCACCGAAGCCGUAGCGCAUCUCCAUCAAAGGCCAAACGCAACAAGGCGGCCAGUAAAGCCAAAGGGAGUCCUAUCAAGGGCAGGGCUUCACGCUUAAAAACCAACACCGAGGCGCCAGCGGGCUUGUUCAGUGGAAACGCUGCGGCAGGUCCCUCUAUUGAGUCUGGAGGCAAAAUAUCGAAGGCGCAGACAAAGAAGAAAGCAGGUACUACUACCCGCAAGGGUAAAGGAAGUGCCAAAGCUACUGACGGUAACGAUGUCUCAGAAGCAGAAACAACCAAAGUCAAACCUGCUCCCAAACGCCGAGGACGGCCGCCGAAAACCAAACCUCAAGCUAGUGACCUUGAUAUCGACGCUGAUCCUGAACCAUCAAACCACAAGACCCGGACGUCAAAGGCAAAGGCACCCGACAUAUCUAAAGUCAAAGCCAAAUUGGCGGAGGAGCCUCGAUCAGAUGACGAAGGCACUCUAGUAGAAGCUCCCCGACCAAAAACACACUCCAAACGCAAGCCCGUUAUCGUCACGAUCGAAUCCGAUGAUGAGGAUGCGCCCACGCCUGACAACAAACCUGCAACCGCUGAGCCUUCCGCGAUUCCGAGGACUGCUCACAAACGGCCCUCCGCCAAAGAUGCUCCGCUUAAUCGAGCACAGGCCAAACAACGCACAGAGAAUCGUAAGGAGCACCCGGAUGAAGAGCCGACACAUGCUUCCUGGACGCGGAAACGUUCAAAGUGGACAGAAGUCAAUGAGAAGCCUCCUAAUUCAGUGAAAACAAAAACUUAUGGAUCUCUGAUCGUUGAUAUCCCCAUGAAGCAGUCUGCCACUAACCCCAAACGCAGCGCACCUGAUGACGAUGUUAGCGGAGAUGUGAAACAACCUCUCAAGAAGCCUAAAGUGUCCGAAUCUCAAAGCACUAAAUCUCUGCUUUUAUCUAACUCCAUUGCGGUAUUGAAACCUGAUGCGGAAGACCCUGCUAUCAAGAAACCUCAUUCAGUUAUGAAACAAGACACAAAGAAGAAGGAGCGCCCACCGGAAUCGGAUGACGAAGACCACAUGCCUAAGAAACCUGUUUCAAAGAAGGCAAGAUUUGAUGAAGAACCGAUGCCACGCGUGCAUAUUUCCUCCGAGAAACAGAAAGAGAACGCCCUUCCAUCGAGAAAGCCGAGGACGGGGAAGCCCAACUCCAAGCCCAAAUCCAGAGGUCCACCCAAGGAUGUUCUAGAUCGCAUCAAGGCAAGCGCCACAUUACAUCGGAUCGACGAUAGCGAGCCGGACCCGCUUGACUGCCUGUCAUGACCACGUCGAAUACUGUUCGGUCGCGAAGAAAUUUGCAUCAUGUAUCAAUCAUUUACGUACACUAACACACCAGCCAACCUAUCUUCAGCAGUGUUGUCAAUAAUAUUCGCUUUGUCACAUUUGUCACCACUGAUACACCGGAAAUCUGCUGCUCGGUACACCUUGUAGAAUGUUUAGGCGCCGGGCUGCGGUUCACACUUUAGAAUCAGGAGGUGGACUGAAAUAGUCGAAUGUUGUCUGAGGGGCCUGAAAACUUC